AUGCAGGACCACGCGGAGGCAGAUGCCGAGGACCACGCGGAGGCAGAUGCCGUGGCCGAGGACCACAUGCAAGACCACGCGGAGGCAGAUGUGGAGGAUCACGCCCAAGUAGAUGCCGAGGACCAUGCUGCGGACCACAUGCAGGAUCAUGCUGAGGAACAUUCCGGCGACCAUGCCGACGACGACGAGGACACUGCAGCCACUGCAUAG